AUGCAGAAAAUCAGGGCCAGAAUGCUAGCAGCACAAAGUAGACAAAAAAGUUACGCGGAUGUCAGGCGAAAAGAUUUAGAGUUCGAAGCAGGUGACAAGGUGUUCCUGAAAGUGGCGCCAAUGAAGGGAGUCCUGAGGUUCAGGAAGAAGGGUAAGCUAAGUCUGCGCUUUGUAGGGCCAUUCGAGAUUUUUGAGCGGGUCGGUUCUGUGGCUUACCGUUUGGCCUUGCUACCGUCCCUCUCCGCAGUCCAUGAUGUAUUUCAUGUCUCCAUGUUGCGGAAGUACUUAAUGGACCUAUCGCAUAUGGUGGACUUUGAGCCCUUGCAACUGAAUGAGAACUUGAGUUACAAGGAAAAGCCCAUGCAAGUGGUGGCCAGGGAGGAGAAAGUUUUGCGCAGCAAGGAAGUGCCAUUGGUGAAGGUCUUGUUGCAGAACCAUCAGUUUGAGGAAGCUACUUGGGAGCGAGAGGACAAGAUAAGGGCACUACAUCUAGAGCUCUUUCAGGAUUAG